GCAGGCAGGCAGUGAUGUGUCUAAAGGUUACGGCGGAGCGAUAUGCUGUAGUCUAUGACAAAGAGAUGCGAGAAAUCGGGAGGGAGAACCAUGAAUAGUGUUUGAGCCGUAUGUCGCUAAUGGACGGAGUCAUUGUAUAAAACACGAGAUGUAACCCCAAAUAUAAAAACGCUAGCAAAGAUAAUCACUGAACACUUCAACAGGAGAACAUGGAGAAGAAAAGGUGGGAGUGCUUGGCUCUCCCCAAGGGCUGGCAGAUCGAAGAAGUGACCAGAAAGUCGGGUUUGUCUGCGGGAAAAAGCGAUGUCUAUUAUUUUAGUCCAACCGGGAAGAAGUUUCGGAGCAAGCCUCAGCUGGCUCGUUACCUUGGCAACCAGAUGGACCUCGGCUCCUUCGACUUCCGCACGGGGAAGAUGCUCAUGAGUAAACUGAACAAGAACAGGCAGAGACUGCGCUAUGACAGCAACAAUCAGACCAAGGGCAAGCCAGACCUGAACACAUCACUCCCCGUCAGACAGACUGCUUCCAUCUUUAAGCAACCUGUCACCAAGGUUACCAACCACCCCAGCAACAAAGUCAAGACAGAUCCACAGAAAGCCGUCGACCAGCCGAGACAGCUUUUCUGGGAGAAGAAACUUGGUGGUCUCGAUGCGUUUGACAUUGCAGAGGAGCUAGUGAAGACAAUGGACCUGCCUAAAGGUCUUCAAGGAGUUGGACCUGGAUGUACAGACAAGACUCUACUGUCAGCAAUAGCCAGUGCCCUGCACACUAGUGCGGCCCCCAUCACCGGUCAGCUGUCUGCAGCCGUGGAGAAGAACCCAGGGGUGUGGCUUAACACAUCGCAGCCCCUUUGCAAGGCCUUCAUUGUCACUGACGAGGACAUCAGGAAGCAGGAGGAGCUGGUGUACAGUGUGAGGAAGAAGCUAGAGGAAGCUCUAAUGGCGGACAUGUUGGCUCAUGUGGAGGAAGCAGCCAGCGAGGGUGAUUCACUCGAGGAGGGCAACGACGACAUGGAGACUGUAUAGCAGAGGACAAUGGGUAGUUAGAUUAGUGUGGAUGGGUUUUUCAACACCUUAUCACAGGACCAUGAAACCAGGAACCCUGUACCAAUCCAACCAAAAGAACUGCCCACUUUCCACCUGCUACCCCUCUGAAGCUUUACCUACCUACUGCCCACCUCGCCCGCUGGUUGGGCUCUUCUGGCUCCAGCGCUAAGAAAGGACUUGGACUGAGCAAUUCUGAAUCAAAUUGAUUAUUAGCUUUCUUUUGAAAAAGAGCGCAUCAAAUCACUUUUUGACAGUUCAGAGUGAAAGGAGAGUGGUUACAUACUGUAUGAUGACGAAUUCAGUGUUCAAUGAUGUAGUUGUAUUUUUUACAAGACACUGUAUGGAUUUUCAUGUCAACCCCCCAAAAACUAAAUUUUAAAUGCAUUUGGAGAUUUUUGCAUUAGAAAUGAA